ACCGAGGUUAACAUAACAUCACACCGGUGUUAUUUUCUUUUUUCUUUUAUGUCUGCCAUGUGUUUGUGUUGUUAGCAUCGUAUAACCUCAAGAAUAAAGUAGAAAUAUAAUAAUUGAUGCUUUUUGAUACGAUUUAAAAGUCGAAGAAACGUCAAAAAAAUAAAUAACAAUGCAGAAUAAGAAGGUGAAGGCUUAUGUAAAGAAAAAACGCAUACCAGAGAAGAAAAUAAUUCAAGAGUUAUGCUCCAAGUAUAACACAAUAGAUGUCACUAAAGCAACAAAAUUCAAUCACCUUCCUUUAUCGAAGUUUACCCUAAAAGGUUUGGCGGAGAAUAAGUAUGUGGAUAUGACGGAUAUCCAGAGACAAAGCAUUGGCCUGGCUUUGCAGGGCAACGAUAUCUUGGGAGCUGCAAAAACUGGCAGCGGCAAGACAUUGGCUUUUCUCAUUCCAGUUUUAGAACUCUUAUACUGCAAACAAUGGUCAAGAUUGGAUGGUCUGGGCGCACUAAUUAUAACACCGACAAGGGAACUGGCGUAUCAAAUUUAUGAGACACUGCGGAAAGUAGGCCAGUAUCAUGAUAUUUCAGCUGGUCUGAUUAUAGGAGGGAAGGAUUUGAAAUUUGAAAGGAAACGUAUGGAUCAGUGCAACAUAGUUAUAUGCACGCCAGGACGUUUGCUCCACCAUAUGGAUGAGAAUCCGUUAUUUGAUUGUAUAAAUAUGCAGAUAUUAGUGUUGGAUGAAGCGGAUCGUUGUUUAGACAUGGGUUUCGAAAGGACCAUGAAUUCCAUUAUUGAAAAUUUACCACCUAAACGACAAACUUUACUCUUCUCAGCAACUCAGACUAAAUCUGUAAAGGACCUAGCAAGAUUAAGUCUCAAGGAUCCGUUAUAUGUGUCUGUGCAUGAACACUCUACGCACACCACACCGGAAAGUUUGCAGCAAAGUUAUAUUGUAUGUUCCUUAGAAGAUAAAACAGCAAUGCUGUGGUCCUUUAUACGAAAUCAUCUGAAGCAGAAGAUUAUUGUGUUCUUUUCCAGCUGCAAACAGGUGAAAUACAUGCACGAAUCGUUUUGUCGACUACGUCCUGGCAUCAGUUUAUUAGCUCUUUAUGGUACACUUCAUCAAUUGAAGAGGAUGAGUAUUUACGAAUCAUUUUGCAAAAAGCAACACGCCGUCUUAUUCGCCACUGAUAUUGCAUCUCGUGGAUUAGACUUUCCUGCUGUAAAUUGGGUACUCCAAAUGGAUUGUCCAGAAGACGUGAAUGCUUAUAUACAUAGAGCAGGCAGAACCGCCAGAUUUAAAAGUUGUGGCGAAUCUCUCCUAGUUCUGCUGCCAUCCGAAGAGAUAAUGAUUGAAAAGCUUAAACAACGUAAAAUACCAAUAAAUAUGAUAAAAAUCAAUCCAAGCAAACUGCAGUCGCCACAUCGUAAACUUGAAGCUUUAUUAGCGCGAGAUGUGACAUUAAAAGAAACAGCUCAGAGAGCUUUCGUCGCAUAUGUCAAAUCGGUUUUCUUAAUGAAGGAUAAAGAACUCUUCAAUGUGCAUUCUUUAGACACAGAUGCGUAUGCCAAAUCAUUAGGUUUAGCCAUUCCUCCGAGAAUCCGAUUCUUACAAAGAAUGCAGAAAAAAAUGUUAGCUGAAAAUAGCAUUGAGACUGGACAAGAAGAGACAAAUAAAAUUUCCACCGAUUCGGAAGAUAAUAGUGAACAGGAAGAUAGAGAUAGUUCUGACACGAGUAUUCCUAAUACUACAACAAAUAGUGAAAAGAAACUGAUUAAAAAGGAAGAUCUUGUUCCUCUUCAAUUUGAUGAUAGUGAUGAUGAUGACAUAUUAACUAUAAAAAGGAAAAAUGUAGAUAUUGAUGGUGAAAUACCGGUGAUAGAAAAAGAUGAGACAAAGAAUAAAAAGAAACCCAUUACAAAGGUUGCACUGGCUAAAAAGAUUCUCAGAAAGAACAUUGUACCUAACAAAAAGACCACGUUUGAUGAUGAGGGACAAGAAGUAGUCGAUUCUACGAAAACGAAAAUGUCAGCAUUAGCUCGACAGUAUGAAGAUGAAGUCGAGUCUGGUAUUAAUAUUGAAUUAGCUAAACAAAUAUUGCGCGAGGAGGAUCAGUUCGAUAAACAAAGAUUCAGAGAAAAGAUUAAAGAGAAGCACAGAGAAGAGAAGAGAAAACUGAAAGCCAAGAAGAUAGAAGAAAAUGAUGAAGAAGAGGAAGGUGCUUCUUUACUCAAAAAAGAAGAUGCAGACAAUGAUGUUAGCGAAGAUGAAUCUAGUGAAGGUGAAGGUCCUGAUCUCUCAUGGUUACCUGACCCAGAUAAAAUAUACGGCAAGCAACGAAAUACAGAUGAAGAAGAAUCAUCCUCUAGCGAAUUUGAAGAAACUGAGUCUGAGGAAGAAAAUCUCAUUCACAGGCCGUCCAAAAGAAAAUUGGUGACACAAGAGGAGCAUAAAAGAAAAAAGCAGAAAACGUCAAAUGUUGCUCAUUUACAGGCCGAUGAGGAAUUAGCUUUGCAGCUGUUACAAAAUUAAUUCCCAGUAUUUUCUUUAGAAAUGUAAAUAUACAUUUUAUUCAUAUGAACACGACG